UCCCUGACUCCCGUGUCUCCCCAAAAAAUCCGUGCCUCGUGCUCUCUGCUCCCGUGUGUCUGCACUCCACGUGCUCGCUGGCUUUCCAGGCUCUUUUUGAAAGAAACGAUAGAAGAAGCUAUCAGGACACUCAAUUACUGUGGGCAUACACUCACUGGACUUGACACUAACAACAUUACCGUGGAGUCUCACGCAACAAUCCAGUGUCAAGGAAAGCUUGGCCAAACUAUUAAGUAGCUCCCAGACGAGGCUUGAUCAACUUCAGGUGUGUGUGCGUUUCUAGUCCUCAGGCGUGGCCAGGCUCCUGGCUGACACCCCCACCAGAGCUGAAGAAGAGAGUGGAGGAACUUAUUGAUCAACAGUACAGGAUCUGCAGUCUGGAGAUGUUGUUCAGAGUAGACAAAUGAAGAAACGCGCCACAGAGAACCUUGAGAGUAAUGAGUGAUGGCUCUUCAAGAGAUCAGUGUGAUGUUCACACACAGACCCUCGGCCUUCUCUGCUGCUGUGCUGCUUCUAACACUCGUCCUCUGCAGAGGAUCAUUUGUAGUGGAUGUGACACAGAGCUCCUAUCAGGCAGAGGAGAACCACAACAUCACACUGGAGUGGACGUUCACCACCAAACCAGACACAUCCAUCUCACCACUGAAGAUCCUCUGUUACAUGAAUACUGAUCAUAAAGACUCAACUCUGUAUUACCUUUUUGAUGGUGUCGAGUUCUCAAAGCAUCAGGAUGAAAAGUUUUCAGGACGAGUCCAGAGUGACAAAGAUGCCCUCAGAGAAGGACGAAUCAGACUCCAGCUGUCCAGACUCAGGACUGAGGACUCGGGUCUGUACCUGUGUGAGGUGGACACAGGUUAUGGCCGCGGCUACAACAGCUGCAGAGUCACCGUCUCUGAAUCAAAGUCUGGGAAGACCGAAACAACUCAGCAACCUGGAAAUUUCCAAAUGCCAGAUUUGAAUGAUGUGACCAAAGGCAUAGAAUUUUUUCUGGCACUCUGGUUAGCAAUCGUCAUGGCUGUAUACAUCUGUAUCUCUCUGAUCUCAUGGGGAUUUAUUGUUUAUCAGAAUUGUAAAGAACCUAAAACAGACCUCCUCAAACAAAACCAGGAGGUUAAUGAGGAAGAAGCUCUCAGCAGGUUGACCUUCUAGUUCAGAUUUAUGAUGACAACAUCAGCUGGAAGCCGCAGAUCUCAGACUGUGAAUAGAAACUAUUUAUAACAUCAUGAGGAAAAACAAAAUUUAAGGUUUUCAGUUUGAUGCUAUUCAGUAAGUUGGUGCCAAGAACUAUUGGAGAGAAUAAAAAAGAACACAAACAACAGAGAAAAGAUUUGAAUUCAAGGCUUCAGUCCAAUAUUGACAUCCUUCAACUCAUUUGAACUAUAAAUAUCCUGAGGCGUUAAAAUAAAAACAGGAUCAUUUCAGGUAAAACACAAACAGCAUUAACAGGAUGGAGCUUCAUGUUUCAUGUAUACAUUGUUUAAUAAAGUCUUGUUAUCACUUUUGUUGACAGUAAAA